AUGACCUGGCACUCUGCAUCAGAUGAGGCGCCGGCCGAGUCACCUGGAAUCGCAUUCUUGAAAUAUGUGGUCAUCUUCAGGAAGCGGCAAGAAGCCCGCGAAUUCAGUAGGUCACCGUUCUUUGCCCAUUCCCCGCGCCCAGAAGCUCGUUUCUUCACGCCGCUGACAACCCCGCUGUCGCAGGAGAUGGUCCAAGUCGAGCGAUCAGACUCAUCCUCGCCAUUCUGGCGACCACAGCUCGAACGGAAUACCUCUAGACGAAGUGUCACGGCCCCAGCCACCCGCGAUCCCAAUGCUGUCAUAGGAGCGGCGUAUUCCCACGCCGACAUGCUGAAACUUGAUGCUCUGAAUGCCUCGAGCCCGUCGUCACGACCCAAAACACCUCCGUCGACAUCGGCGUCCAAGUCGCGCCCUGCAGAUGCCUCCCCUUCCCAGAGGAACAAUGCUGGCCGCAAAUCGCCACCGUUCAAGAGCUACAUCAACUUCCUCUCCAACACAAACGACGACUGGAACACCGAAGAAGAUGAAAUGGGAUACGACGAUGAUGACGGCGAUGACUUUGGAUUGCCCAGUCUCUCCAAUAUGAAGCGAAGAAGUCGGAAAAUGGCGGCCCAACAAAGCAGCAGUACACUACCGCCGACGAGCUUCAGCAAUUCGUUUGGAAGCUAUGGAAGACAUCCGUCUGACAGUGCAGACAUUGCUGUUGAACGGCCUGUCUCUUCUUAUCCUAUGCCACGUAAGAGUGAAGGAAAGAUUCUCCGACCACAAUAUAAAGACAUUCUCAAAGACCCUGCCAACGCAUUACACCUAAUAAAUUACCCCUCUGUACCUAGCAACGCUACGGCAAAAGAGGCCGAUAUGAUCAACUCUCGCAUCACUCGAAUAAACAAGUUCAAACGACAGCUCCAGGCAACUUCGCUAUCGCUACCGGAUUUGAGGGCGUUAGCUUGGUCAGGAGUCCCUGAAGAAGUACGCGCUAUGACGUGGCAGCUCUUGCUUAGCUACCUGCCGACAAAUAGCGAGCGUCGAGUCGCAACACUUGAACGGAAGCGAAAGGAGUACCUGGACGGAGUGAAGCAGGCUUUUGAGAGAGUUGGGUCAAACACCACAACGGGGAAAUCGCGUGGUUUGGAUGAGGCCAUAUGGCACCAAAUCAGCAUCGAUGUGCCCCGUACCAACCCCCAUAUCGAGCUGUACAGCUAUGAAGCGACGCAGCGUUCUUUAGAGCGAAUAUUAUACGUCUGGGCCGUGCGACAUCCUGCAAGCGGAUACGUCCAGGGCAUCAAUGACUUGGUAACGCCGUUCUGGCAGACCUUCCUUGGUCUUUACAUUGCCGACCCCGAUGUCAAUUCUGGUAUGGACCCCGGACAACUGCCGCGGCCGGUACUGGACGCCGUGGAGGCAGACUCGUAUUGGUGCCUGGCGAAGCUCCUGGAUGGUAUCCAGGAUCACUAUAUUGUCGCACAACCAGGUAUCCAGCGCCAAGUGACAGCGCUGCGCGACCUCACUGCCAGAAUAGAUUCGACGUUGUCGAAACACCUCGAAAAGGAAGGCGUUGAGUUCAUUCAAUUUAGUUUCAGAUGGAUGAACUGCCUUCUGAUGCGAGAGAUCAGUGUGAAAAACACGAUUCGCAUGUGGGACACAUAUUUAGCGGAAGAACAGGGCUUCUCCGAGUUCCAUCUCUAUGUGUGUGCUGCACUUUUGGUCAAGUGGUCCGACAAGCUCGUGAAGAUGGACUUCCAGGAGAUUAUGAUGUUCCUCCAGAGCCUUCCCACUAAGAACUGGACGGAAAAGGACAUUGAACUGCUCCUCAGUGAGGCCUUUAUCUGGCAGAGCCUGUACAAGGGGUCGGCGGCGCAUCUUAAGGGCGGGCCAACCAAACCACUUCUGUCAGAUCUACAGCUUUAA